UGGCAGGCUGUGAGCCGCCGCCACCGCCGCCGCCGUCGCAGAAAUGGCCGCCCCCCGAGAGACUGAGCGACGCAUCCGCGCCAACGACCGGGAGUACAAUGCCCAGUUCAGCUACGCGAACAACUACAUCAAGACGUCCAAGUACAGCGUGCUGACGUUCCUGCCGCUGAACCUGUUCGAGCAGUUCCAGCGGCUCGCCAACUUCUACUUCCUGUGCCUGCUCGUGCUGCAGAUGAUCCCCGCCAUCUCGUCGCUGACGCCCAUCACGACGGCGGUGCCGCUGCUCGGCGUGCUCGCCCUCACCGCCAUCAAGGACGCCUACGACGAUUAUCAACGACACAUGAGCGACUGGCAGGUGAACAAGCGGCGUUCAAAGGCACUGCGUGAGGGCAAGUUGGUGGAGGAGCGUUGGGCACAAGUGCAAGUGGGCGACGUCAUCCGCAUGGAGAAUGACCAGUUCGUGGCUGCAGACGUGCUGCUGCUCACCACCAGUGAGCCGAACGGGCUCUGCUUCAUCGAGACUGCCGAGCUGGAUGGGGAGACAAAUUUAAAAUGCAGGCAGUGUCUGCCAGAAACAGCAGAAAUGGGUCAGGAUGAUGCAUUGAUUGGAGCCUUUGAUGGGGAAAUUGUUUGUGAAACACCGAAUAAUUUGCUUAACAAAUUUGAAGGAACACUUUCAUGGAAAGGCAAAAGGUAUCCUCUUGAUAAUGACAAAGUUGUCUUGAGAGGAUGUGUUCUCAGGAAUACACAGUGGUGCUAUGGAGUUGUUAUAUUUGCUGGUAAAGACACAAAGUUGAUGAUGAAUUCUGGAAAAACCAAAUUCAAACGCACAAGCAUUGAUAGGUUAUUGAAUUUCAUUAUUAUUGGGGUAAUUUUGUAUGUUUUAUGUUGCAGAUUGUAUUUUUUUCUACUGUCCAUGUGCCUCUUUUGUAUGAUUGCUUGUGGCAUUUGGGAGACAAUGGUAGGUCGUUAUUUCCAAGUAUACCUACCUUGGGACCAACUGGUUCCUUCUGAGCCUCUAGAGGGUGCUACCGUUAUUGCACUACUGGUGUUUUUCUCGUAUGCCAUUGUGCUCAACACCGUCGUGCCUAUUUCUUUGUAUGUCAGUGUGGAAGUGAUAAGAUUUGCCCAGAGUUUUUUAAUAAAUUGGGAUGAAAAAAUGCAUUAUGAGAAAACAAAUACAUCGGCAAAAGCUCGUACAACCACUCUAAAUGAAGAACUGGGACAGAUUGAGUAUAUCUUCUCGGAUAAAACGGGAACCCUUACUCAGAAUAUAAUGACAUUUAACAAAUGUACGAUUGCUGGAAAAUGUUAUGGGGACAUAUUUGAUGAACAAACUAAUGAACUUAUAGAAAUCACUGAGAGCACACCAACAGUGGACUUUUCUGCAAAUCCUGACUAUGAACCAGAAUUUAAGUUUUAUGAUGGCAGCCUCUUGGAUGCUGUCAGACAAGGGGACCAGAAUGCACACAACUUUUUUCGUUUGCUAGCUCUUUGUCACACUGUAAUGCCCGAAGAAAGAAAUGGGAGAUUAGAGUACCAAGCCCAGUCUCCAGAUGAAGCAGCACUCGUAUCUGCUGCUAGAAAUUUUGGUUUUGUCUUCAAAGAGAGAAGUCCAAACAGCAUUACAAUUGAGGUGAAUGGUAAGAGUGAAAUCUAUGAGCUCCUGUGCAUUCUGGAUUUUAAUAAUGUUCGUAAACGGAUGUCAGUAAUACUUAGAAAAAAUGGACAAUUAAGGCUGUACUGCAAAGGAGCUGACAAUGUGAUCUAUGAGCGAUUAAAAGAUGGUGACAUCGAUAUAAAAACAAAAACGCAAGAACAUUUAAACAAAUUUGCAGGAGAGGGCCUGCGUACUUUGUGCCUUGCUAUUCGUGACCUGGAUGAGGUGUUUUUCAACAAUUGGAAACAACGUCACCAGGAAGCAGCUGUGUCUAUGGAUAAUCGGGAUGAAAAAUUAGAUGCAAUUUAUGAAGAAAUUGAGAAAGACAUGACUUUAUUAGGAGCGACAGCUAUUGAAGACAAACUUCAAGAUGGAGUUCCACAAACUAUUGCCAAUUUGGGACUGGCUGGUAUAAAGAUUUGGGUGUUGACAGGUGAUAAACAAGAGACUGCAAUAAACAUCGGCUACUCGUGUCAGUUAUUGACAGAUGAGAUGGCAGAUACCUUCAUUGUGGAUGCCCAUAUCUAUGAUGAAGUGGAGACACAGCUUUUGAAAUUCAAAGAUACUGUGCAAAGCAGCACCAACCUUAUAGCUGGCGAUAACAGCAACCAUCAUGCACCAGAUGGGGUACAGCUGCAGAAUCAAACAUUGGCAUUAGGCAAUCGUCAUCGUCAACCUGAUAGUGCAGUCAGCGUGGUCACUUUCAGGUGGGACCGUCACAGUGAAUCGGAAUACCAGCGAGGUACAAGUGCGGGUGGUCUCAGUAAUGACGAGAUGGACCCAACUAGUUCGUUUGCACUUAUCAUCAAUGGCCACUCAUUGGUACAUGCUCUGCAUCCACAAAUGGAGGCACUGUUCUUAGAAGUAGCAAGUGCUUGUAAAUCUGUCAUCUGUUGUCGAGUGACUCCACUCCAAAAGGCAAUGGUGGUAGAGUUAAUAAAGAAAAGCAAAAGUGCCGUAACUCUCGCUAUUGGUGAUGGUGCCAAUGAUGUAUCUAUGAUAAAAGCUGCACACAUUGGUGUUGGCAUCAGUGGCCAAGAAGGAAUGCAGGCUGUGUUGGCGUCGGACUACUCCAUAGCACAGUUCAGGUUCCUUGAGCGACUGUUACUAGUUCAUGGCCGAUGGUCCUAUUACCGCAUGUGCAAGUUUCUUCGAUACUUUUUUUAUAAGAACUUUGCAUUCACAUUGUGCCAUUUUUGGUUCGCCUUCUUCUGUGGAUUUAGUGCACAGACUGUUUUCGACCCUAUGUUCAUCUCAGUUUAUAACCUUUUCUACACUUCGCUACCAGUGCUGGCGCUGGGGAUCUUUGACCAGGAUGUCAAUGAUCGUAACAGCAUAUUGUACCCAAAACUGUACACUCCUGGACAUACAAACCUGCUCUUCAAUAAGAUGGAAUUCUUUCGGAGUGCAUUACAUGGAAUAUUUACAUCAUGUGUUCUGUUUCUUAUCCCAUAUGGUACAUACAAAGAUGGUGUUUCACCAAAUGGUUAUGUACUGUCAGAUCACAUGCUCCUUGGGAGUGUUGUUGCCACAGACCUUGUUAUUGUGGUCACAGCACAGGUUGCGUUGGAUACUGCUUACUGGACAGUGUUCAACCACAUCAUGGUGUGGGGAUCCCUCGUGUGGUACUUCAUUUUACAAUACUUUUACAAUUACGUCAUUGGUGGGAGCUACGUUGGAUCUCUCACUAUGGCAAUGAGUGAAGCGACAUUCUGGUUCACUACGGUGCUGACAGUAACUGUAUUAAUGGUUCCUGUGCUGGCCUGGAGGUUCUACUUUGUGAACGUCCGUCCAACUCUCUCUGACAGGGUACGCUUGAAGCAACGCCUUGCACAGCUCAGGUCACGACAGUCACAAGAUGUUUUACGGACACCAUCUGCUCGAAGAACGCGUCGUUCCAUUCGCUCAGGCUAUGCUUUUGCUCACCAGGAGGGUUUUGGACGUCUCAUAACAUCAGGCAAGAUAAUGCGCAAGUUACCGAGGCCCAAUGGAGAAUUCUUCUUUCCAUCCUUCAGCAACCAUUCGUUGGGAGGACCGUCAAAUUCUGUGGACAUGCAACCACAUUUGUGAUUGCAGUGUUACAGUGCCUCAGAUUUUGUUGGCAGUUCCCAUAUGCUGCCUCUGUUGUUAAGUGCAUUUCACUACCUCUAAAUUGUGCCAGAUUGUCAGUCUCCAAUUCAUUCCAGUCAGUUGAACAAUCUCGUCCGUGUUGUGUAGUUUGUGAGUGGAUGUAAAACAACUGGCGUUGGUUGGAAAGAGGACGCUAAGUAGGAACUGACGUUUAUUUUGAAAUUGUGAGGAGCUAUACUAAAAUAAAUUUAUAUUGUCUAAUUUUAUACUACAGUAUUUGAUGAACAGGAGCUAUUAAAAUUAUUGUAAACUAUCCCCUGUAAGACACAUGAUUGUCUGUGUCUUUCUGUGUCUAUACCAGUAGUAAAAAUUCCUAUUAAAUGUUUUAGCCAUACUGGAUCCAUAAAAUGUAAAAUGUGUCAAUCUUCCACAAAAAAUUUUUGCUUUUAAAAAAAUUAGAAAUAAAAGAGAUCUCAGAGAGGAGGAUUCUUUUGUUCUUGACAAAUGAAAGUGUCAUACUGCUAUUCUGCUGAUGUUCUAGCAGGGGUAUGUGCUGCAUGUGAAGUGACCAAAGAAAAUAAUCCUCCCUCUUUAUUUUUUUAAAAAUGUAUCAUUUUUUUAAGAUGAUAAUUUUAUUGACUGCCUCAUGAGUCACUACUGAAAGCUGCUGGAAGUAGUGUGGUGCUGGGUUCAGUCUCAUGUUGGAACUGUGUUUUUUUUUUUCGCUGCACAGCUUAAUGUAUUGGAGAGACCUCUUAAGUGACGUCAUAACUUUUAUAAAAUAUGUAUAUAAUUAUAUGUAUAUCUAUGAUGCUUGUUGGCUUUCACUUUGUAAACAGUAUUAAUGUAUGUUUUUGCCACUUUUGUGGAAGGGUAUUGUAAAUAUUUCUGCUGCAUUUCUUAUUUUUUUAUUUAUUUGCCAUUUGAUUAUGAUGGGAGUUGUGUAAUAAUGCUGAGGUACAUACUCUCAAAAUAAUUCAGUUGUUUCUUUAAGUGUUGCUACAAAUCUGUCUGUAGCUCUACAAAUACUUUUAUGCACAAAACACAGUGUGGUACAAUAAGAUGAGAUGUUGUAUACUUACAUGUUAAUGAGUGCAUUAUCACAAAUCGUGCUGAAAACUUCAAUGAAGAAGGUGUAGACUUUGGUUAUUUCAUACCACUUAUGCACCACAGUCACUGUUCAGAUGAGUCUUGCAGAAAAUGUAGGUAAUUUUGUUUCCCCCCUUCCUUGUGAGUUCAGAAACGUGCACACAGUUUUAAUUUUGAAGUGUGUCCUGAAAAAAAUUAAUAAAUAUAUAUAAUUUUUUUAGUCCUACAUCAUUGGCUGUGUGUUCAGCUAUUCUGAAGAGACAAUAUGCUGGGCAUUAUAUAACUGCUGUCUUAAUAAAAUUAAAUCAGAGUUACAAUAUAAUAAUUCGUUUGCCUUUAUGUUGGAGUGAAUGUGAGAGACCAUACAAUGGAAAAUAUGAGAGACAAUCUUUGUUUUCAAACAUAUAACCUUGUCUUUCUCUUUUAAGUAAGAGAUAUGCUGUAAGUGAAACAAAUAUUUUUGUAGAAGAAAAAAAUUUAAGGAGAACUAUUAAUGUUGUCAGGCUGGUAAGUCACCUCUCAAAUAUUUUGCUGUCUAAAGGGCUAUGGCCAUUCCUGUAAUUUACUUAACUAUAUAUGGGAGUGUGGGAGAUGUGGUAGAUAAUUUGUGGUUGUUGCAAAAAGUAUGUAAUGGGUAUACAGAUUUUUGUCAUAUUAUGUAAGAAAGAUUUAUAAUGCUGUGGCUGGCAUGGGUUUGGGUGCUCUGUUGGGGACCAUAACUAAACACAAUGGAUAUAUUAGUAUGCUGCAGUGUUGCCUAAUGCAAGCUAAUUCUGUAAAAUGAUUUCAUAACUGAGUAACAAACUCAUAAAACUAUUGAAACCAAAGACUGAAGCUUCAUGUUAGCAGUGCUUUGUAUAUUAGAAUCCAUUAUCUCCCAAUAUAAGAUCUAUGCAAAGUGCUGUCCUCAUUACUUGGACUAGACUCAGUUACAUUAAUGUUACAAAGAUUAUUCAAAUCAUAAUGCAUCUCAACCCACUCUCACCCUAAUUUCUUCCUAAACCUCUAUUUCUUAAAGAUACACAAGUCAGCUAAUGUAAUGAAGAUGACUGAGAUGCAAGCGUUUUGCUUGUGUGGCUUUUGUGUGACACAAAUUGCAGAGUUUCUAUUAGCAUCCAGAACAAUGUUAGAUUAAAGUUCUAGUUUCAUAUGAAAAGAUUCCAAAAUAAAAUUCUGGUUAGCUGUAUAUAAUUGUUGUCUGUCCACAUACAUACUUCCUCAUAUUUCUUAAAAGUUUUUCUUGAGUACAUGUUUUGUCAUCACUUCAAAGUAUUCUCUGUCUGAGUUUUUUUAAUCAAAUUAAACUUCUUUUGAUAGCCAAAUCUCUGAAAUAAGUAAAUAUGAGGCUAUAAAUGAGAAUUGGUGAAAACUAUAUUUUUGGUCAUAUUUCAUUCAUUUAAUUUUGAAUCAUCAUUUGAUGUAUUUGUGAUAUGAAUAUGAUUUUCUAAAAAAUGCCUUAUUGAUUUGUGGAAGAUUUGUAUGGCAUAGUGAUAAAUGAUGUGUCUGAAUGUUGAAUUUGUCAUCUGCUGUAUAAAAAUGUUGUUGAUGUGAUUGAAAAUAAGCUACAGAAUAAAUUUAUUUUCUAAGAAUGUGAAUUUAAUAAUUUAUAAAAAUGUCAACAAAAAUCACAAAGCUAUUUAUAAGUUUUAUAAAAAAAUAGUUUAAUGAUUUUUGUACUCCAAUCUCUAGUUAGUAUUAUGUUCACAACAGUACUGAAACACAAUUUAAGUGCACAUUAAACUGCCAUCUCUUGUUAUUAUGAGAAAAACUAUUUUUGUUUUAAAUACUAUAUUGUGAAAUGAAAGUGCGACUAUCAUUGAAGGCUGCGUGUGAUACAUUAUUAUUGUUUUUUCAUCAGUAUUGGAUGUAUCAGAUAAAUGUACUUAGUUGAUAUAUUCUUGUAUGUAAUGUGUAAAAAAUGAAAAAAAAAAUAGUAGCAGCAUUGUAAAAAUCUAAAGAUGGCACAGAGAGACACUCUAUCAGUAAUGUAUGUGAAUGUAUGUCCAAGUGGUGCUUAAAGUUGUUUUGCCCAUUCUGUGCUGUAAAAUAAACAGUUACUAUAAUUUUUAUGUUAACAGUAAAAUGUGGUGGAAUUCGAUAUGUCUUCAU